AUUGAGUGUACGGCAUCGUGUCAAUCCUCAUUGCAGUUCCCUGCAGUAUCUUUACGUUACUGCACUCAAACUCAAACUAGGAGACAGCAGCACUCUAUACCCCGUCCCUAGAACAGUGCGUGACAUAGAAGAUACUUAGCUGAAUGAAGAGAUGCUACAGAUGAAAAAAUUAAAGACCAUAUCUGGCAAGUUACUUGCUCAAGGUCACAUCACUCACAGAAAACAAAGUCAGAUUUGAACCCAGGGCUACCCAACUCUGUAGAGUUCUUUCUUCAUGAUGUGUAGUUAGGCCUCUCUGCUGAUACAGGGGCAUGGAGAUUAGAGACCCAGAGAUAUUUAUCCGAGUUCCAGUCUGAGGUCCAAGAAGUGUAGGUUCUGCCCUAUUCUUGUUAAGAUCCUUGCAUUACCUUGACAAAAGGCCUUUCUUCACCCAAAGUCUCAGUCUCCUAAUCUGUAAAAUGGAGAGAUGGAAGCAACGUUCUCUAAGGGUCCUCAAAUGCCCCUGGGCAGAUUUAUGCUUUGUCAUCUCUCACGCUCACUGCGAGCCGGAGGCUGAAGUUGAGGGAGGCGGUGGCUAAUUCACCACGCAGGCGCCUGAGGAAAGCAGACAGUCGUGUUUUAUUUUGGGGAUGCACAAAAAUUCAAGGAUGACAUAGUCUCAAGACAGCAAACCCACUGUAAUGAAAGUUGCAAAGAAAGUAGAGGCAUUUGAAGACUUGACGCAGCUAUGGGGGAGGAAAAAAAAGAGCUCUCAUUUCACUUCUGGGUUGGUGCAGCAUAUAAUCUAAAACAGGCGCUCAGGUUAGUAACUGGGCCCAGAUCUGAUCCCGGCACACAAGAGUGCAGCCUUCAAAAAGAAAAAAAAAAUUGGCGUGUAUCUUUAAAGCCUCUCUUCUUAUAUGUGAUAUUUUUGUGCUCCUUUAGAGGUUGCAUAGCUAGAGCGAUUGCAUCCAGCAAAGGCUUUCUUUCCCACCCAGGGGCCUGGGGAUUAUUGAUUUGGAAGGCGAGGCUAAUUUACAUGUAAAUAAAUCUUAGCGCCGGGCAGCGGGGACUGGACGUCCAGAUGCCGGGGCUGACUUGCUGACGUCACGGCCUCAUUAGCAUGCGGAGGAUGCGAGCACUGCAACAGCGACUUCUCCGCCACCCCCAGCAGCUCCGUCGGCAGUUAUUAUUAAUUUUUGGCCGAGCUGCACAUUUCCUGGUUCAGUGUCUUGGGCUCUGCGACCAGCUGACCGGUCGCCUGGGUCUGGCUCGGGAUCAGCUGAUGACUCUGAAGUUGGGGUCUGUGACUUCCUGCAGAGUGAGAAGCUGGGGUUCCCAGGCUGGCGAUCGGAUCCAAAGGAAAGGAGGGAAGAUCUGCCUGCACUGCAAGUGCCGUCAGGAGGAGCACAUGGUGACGGUGAUGCCCCUGGAGAUGGAGAAGACGGUCAGCAAACUCAUGUUUGACUUCCAGAGGAACUCGACCUCGGACGACGACUCGGGCUGCGCCUUGGAGGAGUACGCGUGGGUCCCGCCGGGACUGAAGCCUGAGCAGGUUCACCAGUACUAUAGCUGUCUCCCAGAAGAGAAAGUUCCUUAUGUCAACAGUCCUGGAGAGAAACUGCGGAUCAAGCAGCUGUUACACCAGCUGCCGCCACAUGACAAUGAGGUCCGAUAUUGCAACUCCCUGGAUGAGGAGGAAAAGAGAGAGCUGAAGCUUUUCAGCAACCAGCGGAAACGUGAGAACUUGGGCCGCGGGAAUGUCAGGCCCUUCCCAGUCACGAUGACAGGAGCCAUUUGUGAGCAGUGCGGAGGCCAGAUCAACGGCGGGGACAUCGCUGUGUUUGCGUCGCGUGCUGGCCAUGGUGUUUGCUGGCACCCUCCAUGUUUCAUAUGCACUGUCUGCAAUGAGCUCCUGGUGGACUUGAUCUACUUUUACCAAGACGGGAAGAUAUACUGUGGCAGGCACCACGCCGAGUGCCUAAAGCCGCGCUGUGCAGCCUGUGACGAGAUCAUCUUUGCAGACGAAUGCACGGAAGCUGAGGGGCGGCACUGGCACAUGAAACACUUUUGCUGCUUCGAGUGUGAGACCGUGCUCGGUGGGCAGCGCUACAUCAUGAAGGAGGGAAGACCCUACUGUUGCCACUGCUUCGAGUCCUUGUAUGCGGAAUACUGUGACACCUGCGCCCAGCACAUCGGGAUCGACCAAGGCCAGAUGACCUACGAUGGCCAACACUGGCAUGCCACCGAGACCUGCUUCUGCUGCGCUCACUGUAAGAAAUCCCUCCUGGGGCGGCCGUUCCUCCCAAAGCAGGGCCAGAUAUUCUGUUCCCGGGCCUGCAGUGCUGGCGAGGACCCCAACGGCUCUGACUCAUCCGACUCGGCCUUCCAGAACGCUAGGGCCAAGGAGUCCCGGCGCAGUGCCAAAAUUGGCAAGAACAAGGGCAAGACGGAGGAGCCCAUACUGAACCAGCACAGCCAGCUGCAGGUGAGCUCCAACCGGCUGUCGGCCGAUGUGGACCCCCUGUCACUGCAGAUGGACCUGCUCAGCCUGUCCAGCCAGACGCCCAGCCUCAACCGGGACCCCAUUUGGAGGAGCCGGGAUGAGCCCUACCAUUACGGGAGCAAGAUGGAGCCGACCCAGUCCCAGAGUCCCCUGCAGCUUCUCGGCCAGUGCAACAUCAGAACUUCCUACAGUCCAGGCGGGCAGGGGGCUGGAGCCCAGCCCGACAUGUGGGCCAAGCACUUCAGCAACCCCAAAAGGAGCUCGUCACUAGCCAUGAAGGGGCACAGUGGCAGCUUCAUCAAGGAAUGCCGAGAGGACUAUUACCCGGGAAGGCUGAGAUCCCAGGAGAGCUACAGCGACAUGUCCAGUCAGAGCUUUAGUGAAACCCGGGGCAGCAUGCAAGUCCCCAAAUAUGAGGAGGAGGAGGAGGAAGGGGGCAUGUCCGCUCAGCAGUGUCGGACCCGCCAUCCGAUCAGUUCCCUGAAAUACACCGAGGAUAUGACCCCCACAGAGCAGACCCCUCCAGGCUCCAUGGAAUCGCUGGCCCUGUCCAAUGCAACAGGUCUCUCUGCGGAUGGUGGUGCCAAGCGCCAGGAGCACCUAUCGCGGUUUUCCAUGCCCGACCUGAGCAAAGACUCCGGAAUGAACGUCUCUGAGAAGCUGAGCAACAUGGGCACGCUUAACUCCUCCAUGCAGUUCCGCAGCGCCGAGUCGGUGCGCAGCCUGCUCUCUGCCCAGCAGUACCAGGAGAUGGAGGGAAACCUCCACCAGCUCAGCAGCCCCAUUGGGUACAGAGACCUGCAGUCCCACGGAAGGAUGCAUCAGAGCUUCGAUUUUGAUGGGGGCAUGGCGGGCAGCAAGCUGCCGGGCCAGGAGGGCAUGAGGAUCCAGCCCAUGAGCGAACGCACGCGGAGAAGAACGACUUCCCGGGACGACAACCGCCGCUUCCGACCGCACCGGUCCAGGCGCUCCCGCCGCUCCCGCUCGGACAACGCCCUGCACCUGGCCAGCGAGCGCGAGGCCAUCUCGCGGUUGAAAGAAAGGCCCCCGCUGAGAGCCAGGGAGGACUAUGACCAAUUCAUGCGCCAGCGGAGCUUCCAGGAGAGCCUGGGCCAGGGGUCCCGGAGGGACCUGUACGGCCAGUGCCCCAGGACUGUGUCGGACCUGGCUUUGCAGAAUGCCUUUGGGGAGCGAUGGGGACCCUACUUCGCAGAGUAUGAUUGGUGUUCCACCUGCUCCUCCUCUUCGGAGUCUGACAGCGAGGGCUAUUUCCUAGGAGAACCGAUCCCCCAGCCAGCCCGCCUCCGCUAUGUCACGAGCGACGAGCUGCUGCACAAAUACAGCUCCUACGGCCUCCCCAAGUCUUCCACGUUAGGUGGCAGGGGACAGUUGCACAGCAGGAAAAGACAAAAAAGCAAAAAUUGUAUCAUUUCUUAAUAGGAUUGGAGUCAGGGAAUGGGGGAAGAUGGGAGCUAAGAAUGUAAACUCAGAAACUUGCACUGUUUUGAAUUUUAAAGCGCUUUGUGGAGUGGUUACUGGUGGAGAAGAGAGAAGUGACUCUCAGUUGAUGGAGGCGAGGUUACGGACUGACUCAGUAGGUAGCACAGUUCUUGGCAUGUUGAGUAGUAUUUGCACAUUCCACUUGGGAGACGCGGUAGACUCGGUGGAGGACCGGUUGGCCACCUUCUUUCCGGCAAUCGGUCUGUGUUGAGUUGCCCCUCUCAAGAUGGCAAAUUGUUUUCUGCUUGCUUUUAACUUCUCUGGUUCUCUUACUUCUAGGACCCUCUUUCCAGUAAGUAAUUUGUUUAUUAGCCAGGACCCAAGACUAAGUUAUUUACAUGUCCAUUGUAAAUGCAAUGUAAAUGAGAGUUCUGAUAAAAUAUUUUUGUAUUUUGUAAUAUCAAAGGAAUUUCUAUAUCGUAGGACUCAGUGGAGACUUGCAUGCACACCAGGCAUCGUCUUUGAGUAGUAGUCAAAGGUGGUCCUGGACCACCUUUUUUUUUUUUUCUUUUUUCUAUACAAAUUUGUUACAUGUCAGUGAGACCCUUUUCAAAAGAGUUUAUUCAAUUUGGCUUUUUGUGGCUUAAAAAAAAAAAAUCAACUAUUCUACCCAAAGCAUUUUAUGCUCCAUUCUGUCUUAAGGAGCCGUCCUUAAGUCUGAUCCCACCCUCCGUAGAAUUUAUUCUCUACAAAGCGAUAGUAAUUUUUACAAAUUGCAAACGUAACUUUUGCCAAUUAGAGAAACUUACCGUUGUGAGUGAAGUUCCGUGAGAAAUGCCAUCCCUCCCGGGAACAUUGAAGUUGCUUAUUAUUGAUGCCUUGGGGAAAAUAAGUGACUGUGUGUGGUGCCGUUGUGUGAUGUCAGCAUGAUGUCGUUUUGAAUGUGGCAUUAUUUUCUGGUGCUCAUGUUUCCUGGAUUUGUAUUUCCUGCUUCCCUUUACCCAGGCAGAUGGAACAGCUGCCUUAGCCUGACAACCAGUUGUCCUCACUGCAAACGAACUUAAGCAUUAGGAGUUUAGGGACAGAAAGGUUCUGAAGGGCUCUGGGAAUGACGGUGUGUUCUAGAUCGUAUGUCAUGCAUGGAGAAGGAACAAGGUAAUUUGAAAACAGAAAGCAGACCGAGCGUAGAAGCUGAAGGGGAAUCUAAAAGCAGGUCAGCACAAAGAAGAACCAGAAAUGAGGUAGAGGAGAAUUACAACCACCUUUAACAGCCCCCAGUGCUUGUAGAAAGAAUCCAGUUUAACACAUACCAUAACCAGAGUAUCUGGGUUACCUGGGAAGGUGGAGCAGUUCAUCAGAGUUCAGUGUAAUGACCUUGAAAACCAAAUGUCAUUGAAAGGGAGAUUUCCAUGUUGAACUUUGGGGACUGUUGGUCAGAGAGAAAAUGGGCUCAAAAGUGACUUUGCUGAAAGAAGACAUUCAACGGUUGUAUUGUUUAUAGUGACAUAAAACUUCCUGCCUUGCUUCAACUGAAAACGAAGCACUUGCUUUUCUUCCAUUCUCCUCCUCCCCUUAAUAGAUUGUGGCAGUUGAAAUAAUCCAUCAGAGGACCCACCUUUAGUGAGACGUCCUGUCGAUGUAGUACACGGUGUAUCUCAGUGGUCAUCUGCCAUGGUGAGGUGAGCGUGGCCUCUUUUCAGUAUAGUAGUUAAUAUUUUCUAGUAUUUUCUAUGGAGAGAAUUGUGAAAAGUGGCUUUUCAGACACCAUCCCAAAUGGGUCUGGGGAAAGGAAGGCUGUAAAGGGUGUGGAAAUGGCACUCCAUUCAGGAUGUAUUAAAAAAUAAUUUGCUUUUCAGGUAUUAAUAUGACAUUUGACAUUGUCACUGAUUUUUUUAAAGAAGCAAUGCAAAUGUUGGUUGUGGCUGUUUUCCGCAUGCUAUCUUCAUAUCUAAAUGCUUCAUUAAUUAUCCAAGCCUCCGGAGAAUUAACUCUAUUACGUUUGUAUAGUAAGUUUGUACACUGCUUGGCAAACUGAUUAAGAAAUACUGUUCAACACCAUGCUACUAAAGUAGCAGGUUUCUGGUAGAAAUCGGGCGAGUCCAAUUUGAAGUUCUGAGUUCUUUGAUUGAUAAAGAGGCAUUUUGGGAAAAGAAAGAGAGGAAAAAAGUAUAGAUCACUUACCUUAGCAAACAGCUGAAAGUAACGUCUGUCCUCUGUGGCCUGGAAUCCAGUGAAAGAAAUUCUCUUAGUAUACGUUGCUUUCUAUCUCUAUCCUUUUUAGACUACCUCUUAUAUCCCCCAGAUGAGGUUUAACCACCAUCAGCAGAGAAAAAAAGGUGGCCUAGAAAUGACGCAUACCCAGCACCCAAAAGGGUGGGAGGAAUAAGCAAUUUCAGGUGUAGCUUCCCAGGAGGCACCCAACUGCUGAACUGCUCAGAGCCUGAGAUAUAAUGAGAUACAAGCCCCAGGGUCCGUCUGUACAAGGAAGAGCCCUUCCUUCCUUCCCGCCAGUGUGGGUGACUUCUCCCCAGCCUACACGUAGCCAGGCACCUUACAGAGAUGGCCUGGAGGAGGGCUAAAUCCCACCGUGGACUCUGUUGCCAUUGACCCAAUGAUGAUGGACCCUCCCGGUGAACGCCCUGCAGAGAGCAGGAUAUCACUGUAUUGGGAGCCCUGUAAGUGAUAACUUCCAUGUAGCAGAAUCCCUUGCACAAAAAUUCAGUGCAUUCUUUUCUGAGGUAAGAACGCAGGGUCCUUGCCUGAUUCCUCCGUCAUAACCAUGACUCUUUUUGGUCAAGAUUCUCUGUGACUGGGGCCUCUACUCACUCCUUCUUUGAUCAUCAUUUCAUCUUCAAUAGACUUUUCUUAGAAAAGUAAUAUUUUCCCAAUUUCCUCUUUUCUCUAAUGCCUUGGGGGUUGUUUGUUUGUUUCUACCUCUCUCAUGCCAGUCCUUUCCUUGUCUUUUGGUUAAAACUACAAUUUUGGAGUUUGCUUCAUUUCCUAGUGCUGCUCAAUUCAGUGGCAACAGAACUGGCUCUUUGCCAAGAAGUGGGAGCAGAGUCACUGACAGCUUCCUGAAUGGCCCUGCCGAUACUCACCACCCUGGAUACUGUGAACAGGUUUCUUAGCAGACCGGUGGCAUUGAGCAUGGCAUUCCAGUACCUUCCUUCCAUCAUAUAGUUCUGGGAUCUCUGUCAAGUGUGAAGGGGAAUGAGGUGAGUGAAGUCAGAACCCUGCUUCCUGGUUUUGCAUGUGUUCAAAGGGGCAGAAUUCCCAGUGUUGGUUGACACCUUCUUCUCACAUUCGCCUUGUUCUCUUUUGUAUUCCUAACAUGGGACCUGGAGGCAGGUUUUUCUCAUCCUCUUUGCCCUCUUCUGUAGGAUGCCCCUGCCCUACAACAAGAUUGUAUUUCCUUCUCCUCCUGCCGCAGCUUUCUGCUUUUUGGGUGCCACUAGCCAUUGUUGAGUGCGGGUGGGGCCAGAGAUGGCAUCUGCGUACCAUUUGCUUGGCCAGUGUGUCACCGUAUACUCUCCCAGUGUACACAUAUGCAACCUCAAAAAUCUUCGUGACACUGACCAGCCAGAACCAGUUGAUCAGAACUGAUCUUACUUGUCUGACAACAGAUCUUAUUUGUAACCGAUUCUUACUUACCUUUCCACCCUGGGCUCUUUUGCCAAUGGCCCAAAACAGUACACCAGCCAUUUAGGAAGCAUCAUCCGUAAAUAAUUGUGAGACUCCACUUCCUAUGCCCCUGUAUUGUGGAUGCUAAAGAAGGUUGAUGUCUUUAGGCUGACUGAAGACAAAUCUCUUUGGCCUUCUUUUCCCUUCUCAUGGCCAAUGAUAGGCAGCCUUCUGUCCGUCCUUUUGCAGAGGUCACAUAAGAGUCCAUCUUCUUUAUCUAAUCCUACCUCUAAUAAGAAAUAACACAGAUAUUUAAAUUCCAAGGAGAAAUGCUCCUUGUAUCUUUCUGUCUAAAAGAAACCAGAUGCUAACACCCAAGAAGGAGGACCUAUCUGUGACAAAGGAAAGUGGAACCAGUUAUCUGAGUAUUUCCUGCCAGAAGAGUUGCUAUUAGCAGCUGUUUAACACCUUCAAGGCCUUAAAGUGGGCUCUAAGGACAGCAUUCCGGGUGUAGGACUCAACAAGCCUCCUCUGCCGGUUGGGAAGGCAGUUUCACAUUGCCGCCUUUUGAGGUACGUUUCUUGAAGCCCAAGAAAAGUGGAAGUGAAGAGAGCUUGCCUUGCCGCCAGGGGUUGGUGCCCCUAGGGCCUCGGCACACACCAGAGCUUGUUUGCACCACUUGGAAGCAGUCAUCAAGGUUCGGAUCAAGAAAGAAUUGGAUUCCUUUUCCAUUUUCUCAUAAGAGUCACCCAGUCAAUGCUAGACUCCCAUAAAACAUGACUCACUUAUGGGAGCUAUACUACUUUAUGAGCUUACUUCCUGCUGACGAAACCAACUUUCCCCAAGGGGGAUAAAAAGGAGGAGGGGAAGUCACGUAGUAUUAGGAAAGUGUUUCUGUGAUUUAGAUACGAUGAAUCCAUAGGAUAGAAAAAAAAUUGUCCUGCUCUAUCCUGAGAGUUUUCUGAGACAUCUGUUCACCCUAGUGGGCAUUUGACCAUUGAUGUUCAAUAGCUCACUCCGACCAAGCAUUUCUAAAUUUUUCAGAGAGUUACUCACCAGGAAGUUCUGUUCUCAAGCCAAUCUAAUUGAUUUCCACAUUUGUCUCUAAAGCACAGAUCCUGACUUAACAUCCUAAGGCCUACGAGUCCUCCAUCUGCCUUAGCAAAUUAAGACUGGCAGUUUCUCCUCUCUUGAACACAUUCUUUCCUGUACAGAUUUGCUUUACCCAUCUCCUGCUUUAAUUCCAAGUGCAUAAACAAAACCUCAGAGGGCCUGAGAUAGCGAGGCAGGCCAGAGUCUGUGUCGUGUGUCGAGUGUCAAGCUCUUUGUUAAGAAGGCCUGCGACAGGCCUUUGGUGUGGGCUCUGCCAGAGACUGUUGUGAACACUUCGCUUGAGAUCCAUGCCCUGUAAAAUGGAUAUGAUGUUUUACUGAUGUCUGUAAUACAUUUGUAAACUUCCAAUAAAAUAUGAAUAAAAGAAAUGGUGCUGUG